AUGAAUGAGGAAGGAAAGAGAGACAGGGGCCUGGGCGCGCUCCCGUCCCCGCGGCGCUGUGCCCGCGCGGUGCAUCCGCGACAGCCCCUCUGCUCUCCGCGGCCCCGGGUUUCCUUAGAGCUCAUUUAUCGGAAUUCGCGCUUUAAUCUCAGACUCUGGGAGGCGCGAACCAUUGCGAAGAAACACGGAGAUGAAAUAGCCACCUCCGAAGCCCGUCCGCGUUUUCGGGUCACUUACAAUUCUGCAUACCUAGAAACGGAUGUAGCCUCAACGGGCACCUCUGUCCCCUCCACCCGUGGAACAGAGAAUAGGCUAGUGUUUCCUACGGCCUUCCUAAGAGCUGCAACGCGGUACGGCUCGGCUCGAGCCUGGGAAGGGUGCUGCGUGUUCGCCCAGGGCGGGUCCCGUGUGCAGCCGGUUCUGCACCCCACCUCCCGCCCCAAGGAGGUGGGCGGGAUGCAGGUGCUCCUGGACCCUGAAAGUAAGCGCGGAGAGGGUCAGGCGGUCUCAGUGCGCGCAAGGAGGACCCUGCAGUGUCGCCGUGUAGCCCUCCCGAGUGCUGGCGGCCCUGGCCCGAAGGUGCUGGAGCCGGAGGCGCUGGCCCGGCUGCCUGGCUGGUGCCCCGCCCCGUUCUUCCCGGAGUUUAGGACGACUUUCCACGCGGCCCACGUCCUUCCCCGCAGGCGCGUGCUCCCGGGGGAGUCUUGCGGGGCAGAAGCUGGUUCAGCGCGGCUCUGCGCCGGGUGUCUGCGUAGUUGGUCACACCACACCGAGGCCCUACGAGCCUACGACGAGGAUCAGGCCGGAGAACAGCCGCAGAGGUGGCUGCAGCCAGGUUUCCGGGGACGCGCGGCCGCCACCAGCCCGCAGGAACCCGCGAGCACCCGCCAGCUCCCACCCGAGGCCCGGCUCCUGGACCCCCGGCCCCACCCCAGCCCCCGCGCCCGGAGCCGCGGCAGAACCGCUCGGGGUCCUCCCUCGCUGACCCGGGCUCCCCCCACCCUCCCGCCUUCCAGUCCCCCUGCUCCAUUGGCGGUCGGGCCCCCUCCGUGGCUGGCCCCGGGUGCGCGCCUCCCUCCCCAGCCCGCAGCCCGGGGCUCCGCGGACCACGCACCCGCGCGGGGUGAACAAAGCAGCGCCGCGAGCGCCGGGAAACCGAAAGCGCCUGGCCGGGGUUCGGGACGACCGCGCGGCCCGGAGGCGUCGGCGGUGGGGUUCAGGGCCCCGGGGACAAGGGGAGUCGCGGAGCGCCCGCGUUCCGGCAGCAGCCAGCCUUCCUCUCCUCCCCGUUUCCCCGUCUCUCCGAUUUCGGGUCCUGCCUGCACCCCGCGUUUCUGCCGUGCUGGGCAGCGGAGCUCGACAGCAGGCCUGCCCAGCGCCUUUCCACGCUCCGGCCGCAGCGUUCGGUCCGCGCCAGCGGUGUCGCUCCGAUCCAGGGUGCCCGAGGGCCCGGGCGGGCAGCGGCCACCGUCGGGACCCCAGGCCGCACCCCCGGCCCCGCCGUCGCCCCCGGGACCCGCAAGGAGAGCGACGGAGUUCGUGCGACAAGCCGGAGUUUACGCGCCCAACGAAGCGCAAAGAGUCCCCUGGAAGCAUUUGAGGCCACCAGCCCCGCGCAGCUCCUUAAGAACCCGCUGGAGGCCUGCCUGGAGGUGGUGACGGAUCCGAGGGACACAGCGAGUCAGUGGCCGGGAGGGAGGCGGCGGGGAGCACGUCUGGUUGCCUGAGUCCCGUCCCGGAAUAGGCCCACUCGGCAGCCUCGGGAGUCAGAAGAGGUCUCCAGCCCCAGCCAGUACCCCGUUCCUGCCUCUCCCGGCCUCGACGGCCAGGCCCAGAUUGGCUUCACCUUCCACGGCCAGGACUGGGGGCUCUGGGAGCGGGUAGUUCAGGUGGAGGGUCGCAGGAGCCUCACACCUGGACUCCCGCAGUAGGGAGAGGGCCCCGGAGGCACAGGAGGAGGCGGCCCGAGGGUGCGGCUGGGGGCCAGUGAGGGUCAGAUCCGGAGGGGGCUGCGCUUUGUAACCUUUGGGGGCCAGGGCCCUGUGAGGACCCCCAUCCUUUCCGCCGCUGGACUCACGGGGUCACUACACAGCCCGGGUGGAGACAUGGUGGAGGCCUGCCUGGGACUAGCCCGCUUAGGCCCGGAGGCCAGGGGACAAAAACGGAGGCCUGUAGGAUAACUUGACCCGAGAGGGGAACAGGGGGGCGAUCAGGCUCCUUGGUACACAGCGAUGACGUUAGUUUAUUUAAAUAGGAGGCCAUGGCCCGUCCAGGUUUAUUCUCCCUGGCUCUCAAGCAAUGGAAAAACAGUUUGUUUUAUAAUGCUAAUGUAGUACUCAGCUCCUCAAAUAAAAGUGCCCUUCAUGAUAAUGGGCCCAGAUAUAAACAGAAGGGACUGAGGGCCCAACCUGCUUCU